AUGGCAAGAUACCUAGACCACAUCAGACAUUUUCACUUUCAGUUUAAUGGAAAUGGCUUUCAAGAAUAUUGUGAAGUGCCUCUUUUUAAUGCUCCUUACGAAGUGUUUGGAUUUGUGUACAUAUGUGCUACAUUGAAGAGAAAACCUGGCUUGACCAUCUCUCAUCAUGCUGACCGAUCAUUGAAUAGCUUUUGUCAAUGGCAGUCCACCUUGACCACACCAAACGGAACCCAUCAUGACCAUUCAAUACUGCUGACCGGAAAUGAUAUAUGCUCCUGGAAAAAUGAACCGUGUGAUACAUUAGGUUUUGCACCUAUUGGUGGGAUGUGUAGUAAAUACCGGAGCUGUACUAUAAAUGAAGAUACUGGAUUAGGAUUAGCUUUUACAGUUGCUCAUGAAUCAGGUCACAGCUUUGGGAUGGUCCAUGAUGGUGAUGGCAAUGCCUGCAGGAAGUCAGCUGGUGACAUCAUGUCCCCCACCCUCUCUGGUCACAGUGGCAGGUUCACCUGGUCAGCAUGCAGCAGGAAAAGCCUUGAUGACUUUCUAAGGACUGAUCGAGCCGCAUGCACCUGGGAUGAGCCGAUAGGUAUAGCCGAGUACCAGUACCCGCCCAGUCUACCUGGAGAGCUGUACAGCGCCGAUCAGCAGUGCCAGUGGCAGUUUGGACCAAAGGCUCGCCUCUGCUCCUUCAAUCUUGGAAAGAGUCUCUGCCAAUCUAUGUGGUGCCACCGAGGGGAACGACGAUGUGAAACCAAGUUCCUGCCGGCGGCCGACGGAACCCCUUGCGGCGCCACCAUGUGGUGCAUCCAGGGCAAGUGCCUAGACCGGGGCCAGCUGGGACCCACCAUGGUCCACGGGAACUGGUCAGAGUAUGGCGAUUACGACGUCUGUUCCAGGACGUGCGGGGGUGGGGUGCAGUACAAGGAGAGGCGAUGUGAUAACCCCCACCCUCAGAAUGGUGGCAAGUACUGUGAAGGACCAAGCAGGAUAUACAGAAUGUGCAACAUUCAGGAGUGUCCGGACCAUUCGGUGGAUUUCCGAGCCCAGCAGUGCUCCUCCUACAACAGCCGUCCUUUUCGAGGGUUCUACUAUGACUGGAAGCCUUAUCUACAUGUUAAUAAAAAUGAAGCCUGCAAGCUGUACUGCAUCGCUGAUGGGUUUGACUUUUACUUCGCCCUCUCUGGGAGUGUGGUCGAUGGGACAAAAUGUGAUGCCGAUUCCAACAACGUCUGUGUUAAUGGACGAUGUGAGAAAGUAGGUUGUGAUCACAUCCUUGGCUCUGAUGCCCAACCCGAUGCAUGUGGUGUUUGCCAUGGUGAUAACUCAACAUGCGACUUUGUCAGAGGCGUUUAUUCUGAACAACAUGAGAGAAAUGAUUACUAUGAGGUUGUGAGGAUACCCCAAGGUGCCCGUCAGAUCAGCGUAGCAGAACUCAGCUCCUCGGACAGUUACCUUGCCCUCAGGAAUAGCAAAUAUAUGUACUACCUGACGGGAGGGUGGACGGUCGACUGGCCUGGUAACUUCAAAUUUGCCGGGACUCUCUUCGAGUACAGGAGACCCUUCAAGAAGCCAGAGUACCUGGAAGCUAAGGGGCCUACUGAUGAGGAGUUGAUUGUGGAGAUCCUGUUACAAGGAAAGAAUCCCGGUGUGGAAUAUGCGUAUACUGUUCAAGGCUCGCAUGUAUCAUCAGCUCCCACAGUGCACACAUACACAUGGAACCAAACCUACACCGGCUGUUCAGCAUCAUGUGCUGGAGGUGUUAGGACUGAGGUAUUGAGUUGCCAUCGUGAUUAUCUUCAUGCGGUUGAUGAAUCGUUCUGCGAUGCUGCUGCCAGACCUGAUCCACAAGUCGUUGCAUGCAACAAGGAUCCUUGUCCACCAAGGUGGACGGUUAGUGCCUGGAAGUCCUGCAAUCGUCAGUGUGGCGGCGGUCGUCAGAAACGCAAGGUCACGUGCGUGAAGGAGCUAUCAGGGGGCAGGAACAAGACGGUCAAAAGCACUUACUGCCCUUCACCAAAGCCACAGAAAUGGAGGUCCUGUAAUUCCCAGGACUGUCCACCCAAAUGGGUGCCUGGCAGGUGGUCAGAGUGUUCCCGUACCUGCGGUGAUGGGUUUCAGACUCGCAUGGUGUCCUGUGUCUCCCUCACUGGCAAUGGGGAAUACCACCGUCAAGCUUCCGAUCAUUGUCUGGGCACCAUCAAGCCCCACACCCGCCAGCCCUGCAACCUCAUGGAGUGCCCCCUCAAAGUUCAGUGGUUUAUAUCCGCCUGGAGCGAGUGCUCAAGAACAUGUGGUCUUGGGAAGCGUCAACGCAUCAUGAAGUGCAGUCACCUUGAUGACCAGGGUCAAUAUAGAGAGCUUCCAGCGGUCAGAUGUCAACAUCUCAGCCAACCUGUUCUUUCAUUGUCCAAGCCAUGUAACCUUCAACCUUGUACGGUAGAGGUCAGAGGUCGUUGGCAACCAGGUGAUUGGUCACAGUGCAGCGCCACGUGUGACGGAGGUACUAAAACAAGACAAGUCCAGUGUGUUAGUACUAAUAGCGUCAGAGUCGGACCAAACUCAAGACUUAUAUGUGACAACAGUAUAAAACCAGAAGAAACUAGAAAUUGCAAUACAGAUCCGUGUCCAUCACGGAGUGCUUAUCCCUAUGCAGCAUGCAGAGAUGAGUACAACUGGUGUUACCUCGUACCUCAACAUAAUGUAUGCUCACAUCGGUUCUAUGGAGUCAAAUGCUGCCAUUCCUGCACCUACAGGGGUUGAACAGAUGAGACAAAGACUCAUAUUAAAUCUAUCUGAUACCUCUCUCAUGCUGUCCAGUCUACUUCUUUGGGCCAAAGACUACUGGAUGAUAUCACCAGAGAGGCAGUUGUGGCAUAUGCUGCAUUGGCAUCUAGCAGACCUUGUGUCUCCAAGAAAGAGUACUCUGAUCUUGACGCUGAUUUGAGGGAAAGGAGAAAGCAGUUUAGACCAUUCCUUUUGGAUGACAGUCAUGCCUGUUUUUAAGGGAUUGUCUUUUCUUGUGUGUAGGGAUGGUAGGGGGUGUUGUUGAAUCAUCAAGUCACGUAAUAUGGUUCCUUAUGAUCGAGACACAUGAAUUCCUUUCAUCUUGAUGUUAACUUAUUUCGAAGGAGAGGUUUGGAAGAACCAAACUUUAAUCUUUUGGGGUGAAAGAAAUUCAGUAUUGAGACACCUGUGAGAGAUCCUUUGUGGAUAUUUUUUCAGAUUGGAUCACAUUGAUAUCCAGUGACCGUUAUUCGUCAACAUUUGAGUACUCUUUAUCUUCAUGAUUAUUGUGUCCUGGAUGAAAUUGAGGAGACCCGAUCCGAAGUUUCUGUUCAACCUUGAUCAGCAUUUUUUUUUUUGAAUGAAAGAAAAUUGAAAUAGCUGAAUCCUUUCUUUAUGAAAUCAAUGGAAACUUAUGCAGGUGACACUUAUUAAAGCCAAAAUGGAAAGGAAUAGUAUUCAUCUAGAAACCGGUGACAGAUUGCAGAGGACUAUAUAGUUGUGGAUGCUGUUCAAGUAUCAUGUCCACAUAGUAAACAGGUGUUAUUUUCAGUCAUGGGUCAUUCAUCCUCUUCUAGAUUCUUCAAAUACUGGCUGAAAAAAAGAUACGGGAAUACAUGUAGCCUUUUCAUGGGUCUUUCUGCAAUCUGGGACACACUUUACAGAUGCACUUUCUCAAAUCUACCACCGCUACCUGAAUCACAGCAGAUAUGUGAAUGAUAAAUGACACUGUAGAGAAGCUGUUCAUCGUCAUCAUCGUUCGCCUUUUCUCCAAUUAUGAAUGUCUCCAUCGUGAAUCUGUCUCAUAUUGCCAGUUAUAUAUGCAUCAAGCCCCUGAAGUCAUAGUCUUCUUUGUCAGAGAAGCGUAAUCUUUGUUUCUGCACUGCUGUUGGAAUGAUGGUUUUCUUUCUGUGAACCAAGUUAAGUAGUUAACUAGUUCACACACACAUCUUGGGUGGUGUUAACAAAGUAUUCACUCACUCUGAAAAAAAUUAUUUAAAAAAAGAUUCUCUCAGACAUGUUUUUGUGUCACAAAAAUCAGAUUUUUUUUUAAUCUGAAUUUUCAGUAUUCAACUAAUGCUGCUUGAUGUUUAUUGAUUGUCAUAUCCACUACAGAUUAAAUAUGUCUGGAUGUUACAAAGUUGUGAACUCUAGAUGUAUCCAUGUUAAAUAUAAUUAUGUCAAUAAUAAAGUACCUUCCAAACACAAGAAGAGAUUUUAUGUUAUAUUUCCAUCUAUUCAUAUAAACAGAUGUAUGAAAUUAAGUAAUGUGCUAGUGGAGCUUCUUCAAAGGGAUUGCUCGAGAUCAAUUCAAAAUAAAAAUGGUCCACAGUCAUGAUCAUUUGCAAAAACAGGCCUUAGAAAUAUUUGAAUUAUCUUAAAUGCAUAUUGUAUUAUGUGAAUUUCCAUGUUUUUGUUUCACAUGCGAAGCUUCACUAUUCUGACGAUGGUGGUAUCAUGGUCAAUAUUGAAAUCUUAAUCAAGAUUAUCAUAACUUGGAAAGCAUAUGGACCUAGUUCCAUAGACAUAAGGGUAAUCAAGUAUCACUGAUCAUUUUGCAUGAGUUUCAGGUCAAAGGUCAUUUAGGGUCAAUGACCAUGUUAUGGGUAUCAUUGAAAUUUUAAACAAGGUUAGGUUUUGGAAAUGUCAUCAUAACUUAAAAAGUAUAUGGAUUUGGCUCAUGAAAUAGAAGGGAAAUCAACUAUCACUUUACAUUAAUUUCAGGUCACAUGAUCAAGGUCAAAGGUCAUUUUGGAUCAUUGAACUUAGAAUUUUGUUAUCCUGUGAAUAAUUAUUUUUUUGGUGUGAAUAAUUUUCUUAGUUGUUUUCAAAGUCAGCACUGCUGCUAUAUUGAAUUGCAUAAUGCAGACGAGACUGCCAGAGGCGUUCCACUUGUUAUUGCUAAAUUAUUGGUAUGGAAAGUAAUGUAUCAAAUAAAUAUUAAUUGAUACCUUUUGUAUUGAUAUAACCAUUUGUUUUGUGUGAGGUGUGUGUUCUGCUCGUCUUUAUGUUUGUUUCAUUCUAUUAUUUAUAUCUGUUAAAAUAAUCAUAAUGAAUGAUAUUCCAAAAAUCGUAGAGAUUUUGGGGGGGACAUUGUGAAAUCAAAUCCAAUAAUUAUUUAUGACUCUACCCUCAAAAUUUAUCCCUUAGUGAUUUCAGACUUUAUUUCACCUCCAUAUUUUAGUAAUGAUUCAAGAAGAAAUCAUUUAAAGUAUCCUUAAGGUUUUAAGUUCAUGUGAUAAAUGAUCACAAAACAUUGUUAUAUACUUUUCUAGAUGUCCGGUCUGCAUAUAAUAUUUUAUUACACUUUAUUUAGAUUUUAUGUCAAAUUGUUCAAAUAAUUUUUUUUCCCUCAUAUUUUAUGAAAUAUUCAAAUUGUGUUUGACAGUUAAGAAGUCUGUAGUUUAAUGCUUGUAUUUUUAUGGUAAUAAUAAAAAUUGCAGUACGGACUUCAACUUGAGUGCAAAGACAUCCUUCUAGGAUGGCGAAUACAAAUUUUAGAUUUUUUUUUCUACUGAAAAAAAGAGCAAAUAUAGUAAUUGUGAAGCAAAGUAUGUGUAAAACUCUCUCAAGCCCACCGCAUUCUUUAUGAUUUUAUACACCCCAAUUAGAAAUUUUUAAUGAUGACAAAGUAGUUCAAAUUAUAAAGUAUGAAGGUAAUUUAUAGAAUAUGAAUAAAGAUUUUGUAAAACAUUUCAAGAGAAGGAUGUGAGCACCUAUUGAGGUUUUAUCAGAGUAAUAUCAAACCAGCUGUGUGGUUUUUUUCUGGUCAUACAAUGCUGAUUUGGCCUUUUAUUACAAAGGUGAGAGAUAAAACCCAGUAGUGGAAUAAUCGAGAACUAAUGCAAUAACAUUGUUUGCCUGCAUUAAGAAUUUUUUCUAGAUAUUCUUGGUAUGGGUUAGACAUUUAGGUGGUAAAUUACUCUGGAAUGAAAAUUGCCACAUCCACAAAUAUAAAAUUAUUAAUUUCAUAGAUAGGUUUCAUUUAUUUAAACAAACUAAAUAGCUGAAAUCUCAAGCAAGUAAAUAUUUGAAAUUAAAAAACAUGCACUAUCAAAUAUCAAUAAGAAUUCAGAGAAGCAACAUGCGAUCACUUACUGA